UUCCUCCUGCUUUGCUCCUCACCUUCCCGGGAUCAGCCGCGGCGGUGUCUCCGGCUCCGCGUGAGAACCAUGCUGACGGACAGCGGGGGCGGCAGCACCUCCUUCGAGGAGGAUUUGGACUCCGUAGCUCCGCGAUCCGCCCCAGCUGGGGCCUCGGAGCCGCCUCCGCCGGGAGGGGUCGGGCUGGGAAUCCGCACCGUGAGGCUCUUUGGGGAGGCUGGGCCCGCUCCGGGAGUCGGUGGCGGCGCCGGCGGCAGCGCGGCCGGAGGGGAUGCUGCGCUGGAUUUCAAGUUGGCGGCUGCCGUGCUGAGGACGGGCGGCGGAGGUGGUGCCUCCGGGAGCGACGAGGACGAGGUGUCCGAGGUUGAAUCAUUUAUUUUGGACCAAGAAGAUUUGGAUAAUCCAGUCCUUAAAACAUCAGAGAUAUUCUUAUCAAGUACAGCAGAAGGAGCAGAUUUACGUACAGUGGAUCCAGAGACCCAAGCAAGGCUGGAAGCAUUGCUAGAAGCAGCGGGAAUUGGCAAGUUGUCAACUGCUGAUGGUAAAGCUUUUGCAGAUCCUGAAGUACUCCGGAGACUGACGUCCUCAGUUAGCUGUGCGCUGGACGAAGCUGCUGCUGCACUGACACGGAUGAGAGCAGAGAACACGCACAGCACAGGACAAGUGGAUACUCGCAGUCUGGCAGAAGCUUGUUCAGAUGGAGAUGUGAAUGCUGUUCGUAAAUUGCUAGAUGAAGGCAGAAGUGUAAAUGAACAUACAGAAGAAGGAGAAAGCCUGCUGUGUUUGGCUUGUUCAGCAGGAUAUUAUGAACUAGCGCAAGUCCUACUAGCUAUGCAUGCUAAUGUUGAAGAUAGAGGGAAUAAAGGAGAUAUAACUCCUCUGAUGGCAGCUUCCAGUGGAGGCUAUUUAGAUAUUGUGAAAUUAUUACUACUUCAUGAUGCAGAUGUCAACUCCCAGUCAGCAACAGGUAACACUGCACUAACUUAUGCCUGUGCCGGAGGAUUUAUUGACAUUGUAAAAGUGCUUCUUAAUGAGGGUGCAAAUAUAGAAGACCAUAAUGAAAAUGGACACACUCCCCUAAUGGAAGCAGCCAGUGCAGGUCACGUGGAAGUUGCCAGAGUUCUUCUGGAUCACGGUGCAGGCAUCAACACUCAUUCUAAUGAGUUCAAAGAAAGUGCUCUGACACUUGCCUGCUACAAAGGCCAUUUGGAUAUGGUUCGAUUUCUGCUUGAAGCUGGUGCAGAUCAAGAGCACAAAACUGAUGAGAUGCACACUGCCUUAAUGGAAGCUUGCAUGGAUGGACAUGUAGAGGUGGCACGUUUGCUUUUGGACAGCGGGGCUCAGGUGAAUAUGCCUGCGGAUUCCUUUGAGUCUCCGUUGACCCUAGCUGCCUGUGGUGGGCAUGUUGAAUUGGCAGCACUGCUUAUUGAAAGAGGAGCAAAUCUUGAAGAAGUUAAUGAUGAAGGAUAUACUCCCUUGAUGGAAGCUGCUCGAGAAGGGCACGAAGAGAUGGUGGCACUGCUGUUGGCACAAGGUGCAAAUAUAAAUGCCCAGACAGAAGAAACCCAAGAAACUGCUCUUACCUUGGCUUGCUGUGGAGGCUUCUCUGAAGUUGCGGAUUUCCUGAUUAAGGCAGGGGCUGACAUAGAACUUGGCUGCUCCACGCCUCUCAUGGAGGCCUCUCAGGAGGGGCACCUGGAGUUGGUUAAAUAUUUGCUGGCGGCUGGUGCUAAUGUGCAUGCUACCACAGCAACAGGAGACACAGCUCUCACCUAUGCUUGUGAAAAUGGACAUACAGAUGUUGCAGAUGUUUUACUUCAAGCAGGGGCACAUUUAGAGCAUGAAUCUGAAGGUGGAAGAACACCUCUGAUGAAAGCUGCAAGAGCUGGUCAUCUGUGCACUGUUCAGUUUCUUAUUAGCAAAGGUGCCAAUGUAAAUAGGGCUACAGCCAAUAAUGAUCACACUGUAGUGUCACUGGCAUGUGCGGGAGGCCACUUGGCAGUGGUUGAACUACUCUUGGCCCAUGGAGCUGACCCUACUCAUCGACUCAAGGAUGGAUCAACAAUGCUUAUUGAAGCUGCAAAAGGUGGCCAUACUAAUGUUGUUUCUUAUCUGCUGGAUUAUCCAAAUAAUGUUCUGUCGGUUCCCACCACAGAUGUGGCUCAGCUUACCUCUCCUUCACAAGAUGAAUCUCAGGUUCCACGUGUACCCAUACACACACUUGCCAUGGUUGUGCCUCCCCAGGAACCUGACAGAACUUCCCAGGAGACGUCUCCUGCCAUUGUAGGAGUCCAGAAAGGUGCAUCCAAGCAGAAGUCCAGUUCUCUGCAGGUAGCAGAUCAGGACCUACUGCCACCUUUUCACCCAUACCAGCCUUUGGAGUGCAUAGUAGAAGAGACUGAAGGCAAGCUGAAUGAACUGGGACAAAGAAUUAGUGCUAUUGAAAAAGCACAGCUGAAGUCUUUGGAGUUAAUUCAAGGUGAGCCCCUGAACAAGGAUAAGAUAGAAGAACUUAAAAAGAACAGAGAAGAACAAGUCCAGAAGAAGAAGAAAAUACUGAAAGAACUUCAGAAAGUGGAAAGGCAGUUACAGAUGAAAACACAGCAGCAGUUUACCAAAGAAUACUUGGAAACCAAAGGUCAGAGAGACCCAGAUUCUCCACACAAGCAGUGCUCUCAUGGAGGAGUCUCCGUGUCAGGGGAGGAAGAUGGCAGUCUCCCAGAGGAUCAUGAUUCAGAAUCGCCCCAGGUUGAAACAGUCUUAUUUAAAGAUCAUGGUAUUGAUGAUAAGCCACAGUCUCCUCCAUCGGCAGAACAAAUUGACUUUAUGCCACUCCAGCCACUAUCAUCUCCACAAUGUAACUUUUCCAGUGACUUAGGUUCUAAUGGAACAAAUUCUCUUGUGCUUCAGAAAGUAUCAGGUAACCAGCAGAUUGUAGGACAGCCUCAGAUUGCGAUUGCUGGACAUGAGCAGGGGCUGUUAGUUCACGAGCCAGAUGGACUCAUGGUUGCAACUCCAGCCCAGACGCUUACCGACACUCUUGAUGACCUGAUAGCAGCUGUGAGUACCAGAGUGCCUGUUGGUUCAAACAAUCCCUCUCAGACCACAGAAUGCCCUACACCUGAGCCCUGUUCUCAGACUCAAAGCAGUAUGGUUACCCCGUCUGUACCCCCUGUGUAUCCUUCGGUUGACAUUGAUGCACACACUGAAAGCAAUCAUGACACAGCUUUAACACUGGCCUGUGCCGGUGGUCAUGAAGAACUUGUAUCUGUUCUUAUUGCACGAGAUGCUAAAAUCGAGCAUAGAGACAAAAAAGGUUUUACCCCAUUGAUCCUGGCGGCAACAGCAGGGCAUGUUGGAGUUGUUGAAAUCCUUUUGGAUAAAGGUGGAGAUAUAGAGGCACAGUCUGAGCGAACUAAAGACACUCCACUUUCUUUGGCAUGUUCUGGUGGACGCCAGGAGGUGGUAGAUUUGCUGCUGGCCCGAGGAGCCAAUAAAGAACAUAGGAAUGUGUCUGAUUAUACACCACUGAGCCUGGCUGCAUCUGGAGGAUACGUGAAUAUUAUUAAGAUUUUGCUUAAUGCUGGAGCAGAAAUUAAUUCAAGGACUGGGAGUAAACUAGGUAUUUCUCCACUGAUGUUGGCUGCAAUGAAUGGACAUGUUCCUGCAGUGAAGUUGCUGCUUGAUAUGGGUUCAGACAUUAAUGCACAAAUAGAGACCAACCGGAACACAGCUCUCACCUUGGCCUGUUUCCAGGGCCGAGCAGAAGUAGUCAGUUUGCUUUUGGACCGCAAAGCCAAUGUUGAACAUAGGGCAAAGACGGGCCUUACCCCCUUGAUGGAAGCAGCUUCUGGAGGAUAUGCAGAGGUUGGGAGAGUGCUCCUUGAUAAAGGAGCAGAUGUCAAUGCUCCUCCUGUGCCUUCUUCCAGAGACACUGCUUUGACAAUAGCAGCAGACAAAGGUCACUACAAAUUCUGUGAGCUCCUGAUUAACAGGGGAGCUCAUAUUGAUGUUCGUAAUAAGAAGGGAAAUACGCCACUUUGGCUGGCAUCCAAUGGCGGUCAUUUUGAGGUAGUGCAAUUACUAGUGCAAGCAGGUGCUGAUGUGGAUGCAGCAGACAACCGAAAAAUCACGCCUCUUAUGUCAGCAUUUCGCAAGGGUCAUGUAAAAGUUGUUCAGUAUUUGGUGAAGGAAGUCAAUCAGUUUCCAUCUGAUAUAGAAUGCAUGAGGUACAUCGCAACAAUUACAGAUAAGGAACUGCUGAAGAAGUGUCACCAAUGUGUUGAGACUAUUGUGAAGGCUAAAGACCAGCAGGCUGCAGAAGCAAACAAAAACGCAAGCAUUCUCCUAAAAGAGCUGGAUCUGGAAAAGUCAAGAGAAGAGAGCAGAAAGCAAGCUCUGGCAGCUAAAAGAGAGAAGAGAAAAGAAAAGAGAAAAAAGAAAAAAGAGGAGCAGAAAAGGAAACAGGAAGACGAGGAGAACAAACCAAAAGAGAAUUCAGAACAACCAGAGGGUGAAGAUGAAGAGGAGAAUGAUGAAGAUGUGGAGCAGGAAGUUCCCAUAGAGCCUCCGAGUGCAACCACCACUACCACAAUUGGAAUCUCUGCUACGUCUGCCACAUUCACAAAUGCAUUUGGGAAAAAAAGAGCCAAUGUAGUGACAACCCCCAGCACCAACCGGAAAAACAAGAAGAAUAAAACAAAAGAGUCCCCUCCCACAGCACAUCUAAUUUUACCUGAACCACAUAUAUCUUUAGCACAACAAAAAGCAGAUAAAAAUAAAAUAAAUGGAGAGCCUAGAGGUGGAGGUGCAGGUGGGAAUAGUGAUUCGGAUAACUUGGAUAGCACAGACUGCAACAGUGAGAGUAGUAGUGGUGGUAAAAGCCAAGAAUUAAAUUUCAGCAUGGAUGUGAAUUCCACCAGUGACAGGAGGUGCCCCACAGUUCUCGGCUCUCAAGAAGAAAAGGCAGGUACGGCCACCUCCAAGACUCAGACACGCCUUGAAGGUGAAGUAAAUGCUAAUUCCAUGUCAGCAAGCUACAAGCCAUUGCCAUUAAGUUCUCCAACCAUGAAACUGAAUCUCACCAGUCCUAAAAGGUGUCAAAAAAGAGAAGACGGGUGGAAAGAAGUUGUUAGAAGGUCAAAGAAAUUAUCUGUUCCAGCUUCAGUGGUAUCCAGAAUAAUGGGAAGAGGAGGAUGCAACAUUACAGCAAUUCAGGAUGUUACUGGAGCCCAUAUUGAUGUGGAUAAACAGAAAGAUAAGAAUGGAGAGAGGAUGAUUACAAUAAGGGGUGGUACAGAAUCAACAAGGUAUGCAGUUCAGCUUAUUAAUGCACUUAUUCAAGAUCCUGCAAAGGAACUAGAAGACUUAAUUCCUAAAAACCACAUCAAGGCACCUGCCAGCACCAAGGCCAUUCAUACAAGCUUCUCAUCUGGAGUAGGCACCACGGCAACUUCCAGCAAGAAUGCGUUUCCCUUGGGUGCUCCAGCUCUGGUAACCUCACAGGCAACAACGUUAUCUACGUUCCAGCCCACUAACAAACUCAGUAAGAAUGUGCCAACAAAUGUACGCUCUCCUUUCCCAGUGUCUCUUCCCUUAGCUUAUCCUCAUCCUCAUUUUGCUCUGCUGGCUGCUCAAACUAUGCAACAAAUUCGGCAUCCUCGCUUACCCAUGGCCCAGUUUGGAGGAACCUUCUCACCUUCACCCAACACCUGGGGACCAUUCCCAGUGAGACCUGUGAAUCCUGGCAAUACAAAUAGCUCUCCAAAGCAUAAUAAUACAGCCCGUCUACCUAACCAGAAUGGACCUGUUUUACCUUCAGAAUCUCCUGGGCUAUCUACUGCUGCUUGUCCUAUCACUGUCUCUUCUGUAGUUGCUGCCAGUCAGCAACUAUGCAUGACUAAUACCCGGACUCCUUCAUCUGUCAGAAAGCAGUUGUUUGCUUGUGUGCCUAAGACCAGUCCUCCAACAACAGUGAUUUCCUCUGUGACAAGCACUAGUAGUUCCUUGCCUUCAGUCUCUUCCAUAUCUACCACCGGUGGACAAGUUACUACCACAUUUAUGCCUGCAACUACUCCUCAAGUACAACUUUCUUCACAAAAGGUGGAGUCUUUCUCUGCCAUGCCGCCUCCCAAACAGAAAGUGUCCACACAGGACCAGCCCUUGACAAACCUAUGUGUACCAACUCCAACUGCAAACAGUUGUAAUAGCUCUGCCAGCAACACCUCAGGAGCUCCAGAAACCCACCCAUCCAGUAGUCCUACUCCUCCCUCCAGUAAUACACAAGAGGAGGGACAGCCAUGCAAUGCGUCUGACUUAAAUCCUGCAUCGAUGCCUUUUGCCUCUAACUCAGAACCUGCUCCGUUGACUUUGACAUCACCCAGAUUAGUUGCUGCUGAUAAUCAGGACACCGGCAACUUACCUCAGUUAGCUGUACCAGCACCUCGAGUUUCUCAUCGAAUGCAGCCCAGAGGUUCUUUUUACUCAGUGGUACCAAGUGCAACUCUACACCAGGAUCCUCAGUCAAUUUUUGUUACCAAUCCAGUUCCUUUAGCACCACCUCAAGGCCCACAAGCUGCAGUGCAGCUUUCAUCUGCUGUGAACAUUAUGAGUGGUUCUCAGAUGCACAUAAACCCAGCAAAUAAGUCUUUGCAACCUUCAUUUGGCCCAGCCACACUUUUUAAUCACUUCAGUAGUCUUUUUGAUAGCAGUCAGGUGCCAGCUAACCAAGGCUGGGGAGACGGUCCACUGCCUUCAAGAGUUGCUGCAGAUGCGUCCUUUACUGUACAGUCAGCUUUCCUAAGUAACUCUGUACUUGGACACUUGGAAAAUGUACACCCUGACAACUCCAAGGCACCUGGCUUCAGACCGCCUUCACAGAGAGUUUCUACUAGUCCAGUCGGGUUGCCAUCCAUCGAUCCUUCAGGCAACUCCCCGUCUGCUGCUGCUCCUCUGACAAGUCUCUCUGGCAUACCAGGGGCAAGGGUUUUCCUGCAAGGGCCAGCACCUGUCGGGACGCCUAGUUUCAACAGACAACAUUUUUCUCCCCAUCCUUGGACAAGUGCCUCAAACACAUGUGACUCUCCUAUUCCAUCUGUUUCUUCGGGAUCAUCUUCACCCCUUUCAGCCACUUCUGCACCUCCAACAUUGGGCCAGCAACCAAAAGGAAACAGUGCCAGUCAAGAUCGAAAGAUUCCUCCUCCUAUUGGAACAGAGAGACUCGCCAGGAUUCGGCAGGGAGGAUCUGUUGCACAAGCCCCUGUAGGGACCAGUUUUGUUGCUCCUGUUGGACACAGUGGGAUCUGGUCAUUUGGUGUCAAUGCUAUGUCAGAAGGCUUAUCAGGUUGGUCACAGUCUGUUUUAGGGAACCAUCCAAUGCAUCAACAAUUAUCAGACCCAAGCACAUUCUCCCAGCAUCAGCCAAUGGAGAGAGAUGAUUCUGGAAUGGUAGCUCCCUCCAACGUUUUCCACCAGCCCAUGGGUCUUCCGAUUUCCAUGUAUGGAGGCACCAUUAUACCCUCUCAUCCUCAGCUUGCUGACGUUCCAGGGGGCCCACUGUUCAAUGGCCUUCACAACCCAGACCCUGCUUGGAACCCUAUGAUAAAAGUUAUCCAGAAUUCAACUGAAUGCACUGACGCCCAGCAGGCCAGUGUGCUUUCUUCAGUCCCUGCUCUCAAGGGGGAAAUUCCAUCACCUCAGCUAACCAGACCAAAGAAGAGAAAUGGACAUCUAAUGGUGGCCUCCUCUAACCAGAGGCACCAGGAUCAUCUACGACCGAAAAUUCCUGCUGGAGUGCAAGAACUCACCCACUGCCAGGACGCCCCCCUGCUGCCUCCCGCAGAUUCCCGGGGUCACAACUCUCCUAACAGUACCACCCUCCAAACUGGAGUUGCUGAAGGAACAGAAGCUGACAGAGGAAGAGAUAACCGAUGACGAACAAUUUGAAAUGGACAUGUAAUCCAGUGCAAGAUGACCUGUGUGGAGUCACGGAAGGAACCCUUAUGCCACUAUUGCCACCAUCUCUUCUAGGGUAUCCGAAGGCCAGCGGGCCUCGUCUAAUCUGGAAAAGAGUGACUUGUUGGUUUUGGGCUUCCUUUAGUUCUGAGGCAGCUAGACCAGGGACAGCAGUGGGCAACCUGCCAAGCCUUUAGCUUUCUCUGGUCUACACAUAAAGUCCUCCUGGCUCGCUCCUCAGGGCUGGCACUGGGGAAAGAGGAUGUCACCUUCUGGCUGCUUAGUAAACCUUCAAAGAAAUGUCUUGGCUCCAUUAUUCUCCUCAGUACUCAAUGCUCAGCUGCACAACUGAGCUACCCAGCAACCCUGACAGAGACUCCAAGUCUGUUCCCAGCUCCCACUAGCCCACUUCCAGCAGCAUUUAAGACUUGAGGUAGGCCAUGAGGGAAGGCUGCUGGAACUGCCCUGCCAUAAACAGCAAUAGUCUGAGCCUUUGCCAAGGGCUGGCUGUUCCUAUCUUUCCAGGAAGCAGCCAUCCUGGAAUUGGACCUUUACAGCAGCCCCUCCCUAUCCAGUUGUAAAAUGGACUCCUGGAAGAGAUGCAGUUUCAGUUUAUUGCCAUUCCUAAUCUCUCCUGCAUUUCUGUUUCCCACCUCUAAGUAUCUGUCCCUGGUUCAAUGAUGGAAAAUAUGUAUCCUCUCUUCUCAGCACAAACCACCAUAUAUUUCUGGAUUUGGCUGUUUGCUUUUUGCAAGGGGUUGGGGGAGUUCGAGACCAAGCUGAUCCCGAAUUCAGAGAGAUCCACCUCUGCCUCUGAGAGUGCUGGGAUUACAGGUGUGGACCAUU